AUGUACCCUUUGGGAUAUGGUGUUCCCGCUGUGAUCGUGGGCGUGUCCGCAGCAGUAGGACACAAAAAUUAUGGAACCUACACUCACUGCUGGCUCAAGUUUGAGAAAGGCUUCAUCUGGAGUUUUAUGGGGCCAGUGGCAGUGAUUAUUGUGAUAAACUUGCUCUUCUACUUUCAAGUUCUGUGGAUUUUGAGAAGCAAAAUUUCCUCCCUCAAUAAAGAAGUUUCCACUAUUCAAGACACCAGGGUCAUAACAUUGAAAGCUAUUGCUCAACUGUUCAUCUUGGGCUGUUCUUGGGGUCUUGGUUUUUUUAUGGUUGAAGCAGUGGGAAAGACAAUGGGGCUGGUUUUCGCCUACACCUUCACAAUCAUCAAUGUCCUGCAAGGAGUCAUGCUCUUCCUGGUACAUUGCCUCCUUAAUCGCCAGGUGCGCAUGGAAUAUAAGAAAUGGUUGAGUGGCGUGAGGAAAGGGUCGAAGAUGGAAAGUACCGACAUCUCGAGGUCUACUACUCACACCAAGAUGGAGGAAGUCGGGAAAUCAUCAGAAACGGUUCAGCGAUCACCCAUCAAGUCAGCGCAAAUACAGUCUGAGAUUUAUACUGUCGCUGUUUCCUGGCAAGCAACAAAAAAUUGA